AUGAAUCCAGCACAUUUAUCUGAUCAAAACCAACAAUGGUGGGACCCAGAUGCAAGUUUUGAAGGUUCCAUGAAUGCAGGUGCAUCAUGGUACCCGGAUUUAAAUCAGGUUCCUGCAUCAGAGUUCGAGCCCUACAGAAUACCACACGAGCAACACAGCUACAAUCACCACGAACCAGUCCAUUCGUUCGAGGGUGGUCAGCAUGGCCGGUCUCAUAGAUCACGAAAACGGUCUGAUCAGAAUCCUGACCUCAGGGAGAGGGAUUUCAAAGUCAAUUCUUAUCGACCUGUAUUUUCCGUACCGCCGGAAAAUAUAUCAAGGACAUCUAAAGAUGGUAGUUAUGACUUCGCAGAAUCCUGCCAUGCAUUCAGGGCCAGACCCGAUUCAGCGUCAGAAAGGGCACCACAGGAUAUCUCUAGACGGCAUAGUAUGAGAAGACAGGGCACAAAUCGGAAUGCCAUGAAUUACGCCCAAGAAGUUGAGCUUGACGAUACCUACGUAUCAGAGGCCCAUCAGUCAAGCGAGUUUGAACACAGUAGCAAUAAGGAUGCAACACUUAUAUUUUACUGUCCUCAUGUUAAUUGUGGCUAUGCAGGCCCAGACAAAAAAUCUCUCCGAAAACACCUUAGUAUCCAUGGUGAAAGAAAGUUCUCCUGUGAAAAAUGCAGCGCAGAUUUUCAUACGGCUAGGGAUCUUCGGAGACACCAAGAAGCCAAACAUACCAUCUCGAACGCAAAAAAGAAUUAUAUUUGCAAGGUACCGGAAUGUACCAGAGAUGCGACGUGGCCGUUUACGCGUAAAGACAACGCUCGUCAACAUGUUAUGCAUGUUCACGAGAUCGGGAACGGCAGGGUGGAUGAUUUCAUUGAAGAAGUCGUUCCGCCAUUCCGGGGUGGCCAUAGGCCUACAAAUAGCUCGUCGACCGACGAUACCGUGUAUUCCACUUUGUCGGGAGACUCGAAUAUUGGUUACCAUAGCCACGAGGACCCAGAGGGUGAGGAUAUCAUAGCAGAGUUCACAUACCUUCAGGAGUAUGACUCUGAUUUAGAUAUCGGCUACCCUUCUACACAAGAGAACUGGCAGCAAGCCGGACUUGGCCCUUGGGAUUUGGAUCACGAAAUCCAAGCGAAACCCUUCGAUCUUAACCCGCGACUACAAGGACGAAGACGCUCAAAAUCAGAAAUACAAUCUCGAUCAGCUUUACACCUGGACCCACAGGCACCCCUGUACUAUCAACAACAGGAGGGCAUGGUCCAGGAUGAAGACUUUCAGCUGUACCAUCAUAGCGAACAAUCUAACUGUUAUGAUAGCCGAUCCCCUAUCAACCAUAUUUCGCAAAUCAAGGAGGAGAGCCCAGGCCCAGGCCAACAUUAUCGCCUUCCUUCAACAGCUUCAACAGCAACCAAAAAGCCACCCAAACAUUUGUCUAGCCGCACGAGUAAGACUUACCACCCAGAGGCUUCAGCCACAACAGAGUCUCUCGAGGCAGCCUUUGAAAAGGUUCUCAUCAUUUAG